GCGGUUGGGCCAAAGAGUAUCAGAACCAACAGCUCCUUCAGCACAGCCAAGCCAUCCGCGAGAGACAAGCAAAAUGCGCAGCCAACAACUGACACUGAUCUUUGGAGUGGCCCUCAUCUGCCUGGCUAGCGGCCUCACUACCGUCACACCAAGGACGACCACAAGACGAUCCAUCAGCACCCUUCCUCCGAUCAUCGGUCGUCCAUGGCCCUGCUCCCCGCCUGCGGUCUGCUCCCGCACCAGCCCCAGGGUCUGUGGCAGGACACCGCGGGGCGACUGCCAGCGCUUCAACAACAUCUGCGAAUUGAUCCAGGCGAAUCGCGAGGCCAAGCCUGCCGAUAUCAGGCACACACGCGACAUUGACUGCAGGACCGUGCGCGCCGUCGGCGCGGCCAACAGGCGGCCCUGCUGGGCGCCCUGCCCCGCACGCCCCGUGGUCUGCAGGAGGACCCAGCCCAGGCAGGAGAUCUGCGUCCGGAGUCGCAACAAUAGGGACUGCAAGAUCCUGGCCAACACCUGCCAGCUCCGCAACCAGAACUGCCACAGCCAGCCCCGCAACAACUGGCUGCGCACGGCCAAGCGUCGCUGCGGAGACAUGCAGGUGGGCGACAAGCAGCGGCCCUGCAUUAACCUGCCGACAACCACCAGACGCCCCAGGAUAACCACUCCUCGCCCCCGCCCCCCCACUUUGUCCGCCUAAGGGCGCGCACGCAGGUCCUGAUAAGCUCUGGUCCAUGCAUACAAUAUAUGUACAUCCCUAU